CUCAGGUAGCGAAGUCGAUUCACGAGAAUUGGCCCGUGCGCACAGCAGCAGCACAUCCACCACCCACGGCUCGCGUGGAGCGGCGCCUUGUUCACAUUGCACGCACUUACGCACGCAUGCAUGCGCAUGCAUUCAGCAUCCAGCAGCACGCACCUUGAUCUUGGAAGAGCAAAGAGCAGAAAGACAUGCCCCGCGUCCCGUCUCACGCCGCGUCUUGGCAAGCGUCGCGGCACGAAGACGUGCCUUCGUCAGCAUGGUCCAUGACCGCGACCGCGCUAGCCGCUCCGCACGCCGACGCAUCACCGCAUCAAAAGGGCAGCGGGACAAAAGGCUCGAGUCCGCGUAGCUCCUCGCACAAGAGCGCGCUGAAUGUGAAUCACGAUGCUGCACGGCUUGAUGCCGCUCUAGCAUCAGCAGACUUUGAACAGGUUACUCAGACUCGAACUCCUUUUAUGGGAGAAAUGUUUUCCGACUCCUCUUACGAUGGCUUUUCUGAUAUGCUGGGCCAAACUUUCUUGCAAAACGCUGGCAGUACCGCGCAGCAGCAGCAGCAGCUAUCACAUUCAGGCUCGAGCAAAGACUUGGCUACUUCCUCAUCUGCCAGCCAGCAGGACGCGCACAGAGGCUCCGAUACGGGACCGGGACCGGGAUCUGGCGACACUUGGAACUUUGGCGUGACCAAUAUGCAUUCAUCUGCGCGCACCACCCCCUCCCACAGCCGCCAGGCCAGCCAGGAUGGCACGGAGGACGGCGAGGUGGCGAAAGGCAGCAGCAGCACCAACACAUCAACCAACGCUCGUCAGAGCGCUUGCCCGUUUUGCGAUCGAGUCUUCAAACGCAGCGAUUUGGCACUGCGUCACAUUACCCGCGUCCACUCCUCUUCGACAGCUCACAAAUGCAAGCAUUGCGAUGUCGGAUUUUCACGCUCGGAUGUAUUGAAGAGGCACAUGACUACCUGUCGAAAAGGCCCUGGUGGAAAGAGCCUCAAGCCUAUGAAGAAGGCUUGUGAAUCGUGUGCUUCGCUAAAGAUUGUGUGCGAUCGUCAAGACCCAUCCUGCGCUUCGUGUAGAGAUCGUGAUAUCCAGUGUAUAUACAAGCCCAGCGCUAAACUUGUGCGCACCAAGUCCCCAGUCAGAGUGUCGUCGGAUGAAGAAAUUCCGAUGGCCAAGGAACGCUGUGCGCCCCAACAUCCAUCCGAUGGCCACUUUGAGGACCAGCAUAGCAGCUCCUCACGGCAGCAACACGCACCACCCUCUAUGCAGUCACCCGAAGCCUCUCAGCCACAGCCUGCGGACCCAGCAGUGAGCCACCCACCGGCCGCCGUUUCAAGAUCUGUGCAUCAGUCUGGCAUGCCAGCCUAUGACCCGGCACUAGUCAUGCCUGGCUUUGCCGAUGCUACUGGUGCAAGCGCGUGGAAUGGCCCUGACCAGAACAUUCCGAUGGACGUGAAUGGCGUUCCUGUCACAGCAGCGCUGACGAUGGAUCUCGGUCAGAAUGCACAUUUGCAAGACCAGGCAAUGCAAGACUGGUCGAGUGAACUGCACGGGCCGGCCGCAUUUGCAUACGCCACCUCGGGUGCAGACAUGCCACCCUUACUAGCCCCUCAGCAGGUCGCACCAGAUGCGAGCCUGUCCAUGCCCAUGAUGGACAUCAUACACUCGACUGGCCUUACUCCAUACGACGUGGGUAUCGAUGCGAAGAUGAACCAAAAUUCGCAAGCUGCUCCCGUCGCCUCCACUAGCGGUAGCAUCUCGGAGUACCCCCGCACAGCGGAUAUUGAACAAGGCCAGGAACAAGCGCUUCAUCUGAGCGACGUGCUCCUAGGAACCGCACCAGGCUCUUCUUCCCUUGCAUCCGACACUUCCACUCGCGGCCACAACGACGGUGGAAAUGCAAAUUUACCCUUUGGCGGUCUGGCGCCGAGCAUUGAAGGCGUGACCGGAGGAUCUGCAGAAGCCUCCCUGCUCGGCUUCUUGCAUCACAACGACUUUUUCGCGCGGGUGCAAAGCCCCUUGUCAGACUUGCUGGUCGCGGGCACACCAUCUUUCUUGCCGCCUGGCGCCGACGCGAGCCGACUCACACAGCCAGAGCACCACAUAUGGCCUGUCAUGCCUUCCGCAAAGUGAGCAAGCGAUGGCACCGUUGAUGUCGCCGCCGCCGUGGUUGACGCGUGGCACGCCGUGCCCUUCUCGAUCUUUCUCAUCGCU